UUUUUCAUCACGUUUUUCUUACGCGGUGCUGCCUCCCCGGUGUCCGUCCCUGCGUCCUCCUCGCGGGUCAGUUCGGUCAUGGUGGACACGUCCGGCACCAUGAGGAAGACGUUCUCGGUCCCGGAGAUCCACCCGUUGGACCGGUACGACCAGAGCCGGGCCAAGCUGUGCGCCAGCGUGCGGUGGUUGCUGUCCAAAUCCUUCGGAUCUGCAGAGAACAUUCCGGUGGAGUUGCGAGAGCCGCUUUAUAAGGACCACUGCGAACAAGAGCACCUAAAACCUGUCAUGUCCAAGCUGCUUCUCUCCCCGGAGAUCUACUGUCGAACCCAUGCCCUGCUGGCUCAGGCGCACGGGGUCUCGCUGCCGGCAUCGCAGGGCUCGCCAGCCGACAACGCCGCCCUGCUGCAGUUCCUAACAAAGAAAGGAUUCACACCGAAGGUCCAGGAUGUAGACGUGACAGAGGAGGACCUCAGCCACGCCCCUAUAAAGACGAAAGCCCACCUCGCUUUGAUGGAUGCGCUGAUGUCACUGGCUGCUAAAGAGACGGUUGGCAGAGUGAAGAUGGCGGCGGAGGCGGAGCAAAUCGGUGUCGGCGCUCCGUGGGAGAACGCUCUGCUCUUCUGGGUCAACAGGCUGAACCAGACACUGAGAGAAAGCACAGAAGAAGACGAAGAACAUCCCAAGUCACAGACAUUACAGACCAACGCCUCCUCAAGAAACGCAUGCUAUCGCUUUUGUUUGAAGGAGUCGGGGAAUAAGCCACCAGUGAUCCGCUACAGGAAGGAUAAAGUGCAGUCUAAGCUGACUCCCACGUUCCCUCUGAUUUCUGCGGUCAAAGAUCUAUCUAAUGGCUGCGCAGUGGCUGCUGUGCUGCACUACUACUGCCCCGGCAUACUGCCUCUGGAGGAUGUGUGUUUAAAGGACACCAUGUCAGUGGCGGACAGGCUCUACAACCUGCAGCUGAUCAGGGAGUUUUGUGAGAGCAGUUUGCAGAGCUGCUGCCCCCUAGCUGUGGAAGACCUGCUGUACACGCCGCCGGUUUUACAUCUGAACAUCAUGAGCUUCAUCGCCGAGCUGCUCGACUGGUUUGAGGUUAAGAAGCCGGAUUUUGUUCAGCCCAUACAACCCGUUGACCUCACAGACAUCUCAGACUUACUGGAUUGUACAAGUCCUGUCAGUGGGAACAACAACAGUGGAUCUCCUUCCCUCAUCUUCAAACAGCCUUUUGUGCCAAUCUCCUCCCCGGUGUCACCUGAAAACAAACCUUGGACGAGGAAACAAAUCAGUCGUCCUCUGUCUGCAGUGACUUUCAGCAUCCCGUUUGGGCUGGACAGUGAUGUUGACAUCGUCAUGGGGAAUCCUAUAGAAUCUGUCUUUCCCCCAGUCAGUUCUGACGGUCUGUCCACCAGCAUCCCUUCAAUGACCUCGUCCGGGAUGACACAUGUCCCCUACAGCCCCCCUGAAGACCUCAGCCACCUGGUCAGUGCUUCCGCCCCAACACAACGGUCUUCUUGGGGCCCUUACAUUCAUACAACACCGCUGGGAGAGCUCCCGACAAUAGAGGAGGCGCUGCAGGUGGGUCAUAGUCCGGGUGGCAGGGACCAGAGGAAGGUAAAGACAGAAGAGAAAAGUCUGAGAGGACUGCUUGGAGGAAGACCAGCGGCCAGGUUACGUCCAGAGGGAGCACCUGCCGGAUUCUUCCUUCACUCCCCUGAGGCGGACAAUCCCCAGCUCAGUAGCUCUGCUCCCAGUCGCUCUGGAACCCUUUACCGGCCUGUGGGAGGAGAAGUGGGAGAGAUGGAAUGGCAAGGAAGAGGUGACAGGAAGGAGAGAACGGGACGCACCUUAGACAUGUCACGAGAUGAUGACUCGGUGCUACGAGAUGGCAGCGUGGACUCCUCUGACGCGUCGGAUGAAGGCCCUAAAAAUGCCCCUGGUAAUCUUCGACCCAGUACUGGUGGUCAGGGUAACCACAGCACCAGCAGCAGUCCACGCAUGACAAGCUUUGCUGAGCGACGGGACAACAGGAGGAAGCAUCCCGCUGCUCCUGGAGAAGAAUCGAUCUCCACUCCGAUCUCAGCAACCCCAGGAACUCCACAUACGCCCUCCACCCCAGUGGGAGUACCGGGCCAAAGACCAUGUCCCAGAGGUCCUGAACCCAGCUCUGAGGCCUGGGAGCUGGGGGCUCGUCUGGAGGAGAAACGCAAAAGCAUUGAAGCCCAAAAAAGACGUAUUGAAGCCAUUUUUGCCAAGCACAGGCAGAAGCUUGGGAAAACUGCUUUUCUUCAGCUGAAAAGAGAACAAGGAGAGGGAGAAGGAGGGGGAGCAGGGGAGGAGAACCUCAGCCUGGAUGAGCGGCUCACUCGUAUGGAGGAGCAGCUGAAACAUGACGAAGAGAAGGACCAACAAGAAAGAAUUGACGAGAAGGAGAAAGAGGAGCCUCAAGACAGAAAUGGCUCCAAUCCUCCCCGGUUAGAGAAACAGGUCACAUUCUCGAUUGAAAGUAAGAAAGGAGCAGAGAAGGAGAAAGGAGGUGAAGCUGUCAUACUGGAGUACAACGAAGUGGUGCAGAAACUGAGUGAAGCUCUGCAGUCAUUACAGAAAGACAUGCAGAAACUAACUGAGCAGCAACAGCAGCUCAUGACCAACCAAAGACCCAAAAAUACACCCAAACCCAGUGCAAAAUCAACACCAAGAAGUAACCCCAAAACCCCACCUCACACCCCAACAAAGACACCACCGCGGACUCCAACCAGGAAUCCUACCGUGAGCACCAGCAAAGCUUGGAUGAUUCCUACUGGUCCCAAUCCUCCGGCUGGCUCCUCCCCAUCGCAGCGUUCUCACAUAAUCUCCUCGUCCAACUUCCCCAGAAAUGUGAUCUCUUCCUCGUGCCCCAACCCUAUGACUAAGAUCCACUCCUCUUCCACUCUCCGCAGUCCCAAGCACUACCCACGAAACCAUCAGCAACCUCAACCACGGCCUUCUGAACUCAAGUUUCCCCCACUUAAUCGGGUCUUAACACCGACCCAGAAUGUAGACACCCUUCCCCACCUGCGGCGCGUGUCCCCUAGUAAAUGUCAAGUUCAGACGACGUCUUCCUUCCGCAUUGGUGGGCCACAAACUCCUCAGGAAUCUCCUCAGCCUGUGCAGCAGCCACAGGCCGAUGAGAGUGUCUCAGAAGGAGGCUCGAGUGAGACUCCCACCCAGUUUAGCCUGGAGCUCGAUCACGAAGAUGGUGCAACAGCAAGCGUGGUGGACCUCUCGCUGGAAGAAAGACGAGAACAUUCUACAGCUGCUGGUGGAAGCAGUUCAAGUGCUCCUUCCGAGUGCUCAUUUGAGAGUGAGAAUUUAUCACUUUCUGCUGCAUACAGCGCAGGAACUGAGGGAAGGAGGGACGGAGGAGCAGGAAAGUGCUGUAGCCCCAUUGAAAUGGCACUAUCAUCUCUGGGAGGGCCAGAGAGAGGCAGUGAUGAACCAACUGACGAGGGUCAGGAGUUUUCCUCCGACUCUAUGAGUGACCACACAGAGUCUGCUGUGGAACCUACUAGAAGAUCCACAGAGUGGCUCACUGCAGGAGGAGGGAACGUCCCAGUGCAACAAUGUAAAACCAAAGCAGAAGAGAUGAGAGCGACAGAAGCUUUGGAACCAAGUGAAGAACAGAAUGGCCUUGGAGGAAAGGGGGGGAUAGGAUUCUUCUUCAAGGAGGAGGUGCAUUGCGAGGAGGAGAUGGCCCAGCGGAGAGCACUCCUCUUGGAGCGGCAGCAGAAGAGAACUGAGGAGCUAAAGAGGAGGAAACAAUGGCACGAGCAGGAAAACAGACCAGCGUCUUCAGACAAGAAUGCCGGCUCUCCUUCCCGUUCUCCACCCACCGGCACCACCUCCCCGUCCCUGACUCCUCCAGUGACACCAGCUCGCCGAACAGAUUUCACACGAGUGGAGUACGCCAGGAGGCAACAACUCAGGAUCAUGGAGGACCUGGAGAAGGUGAUCCGGCAGAAAUCAGCCCAUCAGGGACGAGCUUCCGUUAAGAAAACACGCUCCCGACCUCGCAGCAUGACAAGGGAGGCGUCACAGCUGUCGCAGAGUCCAGCCAAACAAACCGCAGGUCCCAAAUUGAACAAAGUCUACUCGAACUCCUCCCUCAACUUGACAGCCACGCAUGAGCUAGAAAACAGCACAGGAAACCAAACAAAGAAGCCCAACAGCAGCCGGUCUCAGUCACCUUUAGUAUGUGAGCCCACAAGCGGAUUGACCAAUCAGAAUGGAGAUAAGGACUGGGAGACGAGCACAUCCGCUCCAGAAUACACAGGUCCAAAGUUAUUCAAAGAACCAAGCUUCAAGUCCAACAAGUUCAUCAUUCAUAACGCUCUGUCUCGCUGCUGCCUGGCUGGGAAAGUCAACGAAACCCAAAAGAACAAGAUCGUUGAGGAGAUGGAGAAGAGUCCUGCCAACCACUUCCUCAUACUCUUCCGUGAUUCCAGCUGCCAGUUCCGUGGCGUUUACACCAUGAACACCGACACCAAGGAGCUCGUACGAUUGGCUGGUGUGGGGCCACGGACAAUUAGCUCCGGCCAGGUGGAGUCCAUCUACAAGUACAGUUCAGACAGGAAGCAGUUUAGUACCAUACCUUCUAAAACGGUGGGCAUGAGCGUGGACGCCUUCACCAUUCCUAGUCACCUCUGGCAAGGAGGUGCAGCAGGAGGAGGCGGCAGCAGUGGCGGUGGUGGGAGCAGGAGAGCGAAGGUCACAAAAAAGGCAAUUGUUUCUAAAUGAGGAAAAUGUAACUGUAAUCACAAAGUAAUUAUGUUGACAAUUAGAUCCAGGUUUAAUAAAAAUAAUGUGUUCGGAUAAACGUUAGCAUGUGUGCACACAAAGUUGUUGGAUUUUCCUCAAAAUACUUCAUAUUUGAAAA